AAAUACAGAGUUAACUGACAUCGAAAUGAUUCUGUUUGGGCUCAUCUUUUUGUUUUAUAUUAAAUCAGUUAGUACAUUGGAGGAGGACAUCUUUGUGCAACUAGAUCAUGUCAUGGUGGUCAGAAAGGGAGAAAGUGUGAAUCUAACUUGCCUCCGUACAUAUAAUAAGGGUGUUCUGUGGUUCAAGCAGAUUAUUGGACAGAAGCCCGUUCUGAUUGUUACAUCAUAUCCAACUUCCUUUAUAUUGAACCCCAAAGAUUGGAAACCUGACACUAAACACCUUAAUGUGAUAAGAGGAGUCAAUAGUUGCAAUCUGACCAUCACCCAGACUCAGCUAGAGGAUUCAGCCACUUACUACUGUGCACAAGUCUUUGGCAUCACAUUUGGUGAUGGAACUCUUCUAAUUGUUAAAGAAUUUGAACCGAAAAGCAGAACUAUUCUGCAGCACUUAGUGUCUGAGUCACAUAAAUUAGGAGACUCUGUGACCCUAAACUGCAAAAUACCCACUGAGAUCUGUUCUGGAGAACACAGUGUCUAUUGGUUCAGACAUGGCUCAGGAGAAUCACGUCCAGGAAUCCUUUACACCCAUGGAGGCAGAAGUGAUCAGUGUGAGAAGAGCCCUGAGGCUGGUUCUCCUACACAGAGCUGUGUCUACAACCUCCCCAAGAGGAACCUCAGCCUCUCUGAUGCUGGGACUUACUACUGUGCUGUGACCUCAUGUGGGGAGAUACUGUUUGGGAAUGGGAUCAAGCAAGACACUCAAGUUUCAGAUGGUCAGAAUCAUCCUUUUCUCUUCAUCCUAUUUUGCCUGAUGACAACCGUUUCGAUAAUGAGUGUGACUGUCAACAUUAUCGUCUGUUCGAAAAUAAAGCGGACACGUUGUGACGUCUGCACAGAGGGGCCAGACACGUCCGAUUGCCAAACAGAGUACAGGACUGCCUCUGUGAGCAGAGCAAAAUUUGAAAAGGUCAGUGAUGAUGUUGACCUGAACUACUCCACUUUAAAGUUCACUGACAAGAAGAAAACCAAGCCCAGGAGACAGAAGAAAACCCAAUCUACACUGAAGUGAGAAAAGUAAGUCAUGAUAGAAGGUAGUAGCAGUUAAUUGGAGACUUAUUAUACAAAUAUUUUGGUUAGACAUAAAACCUAAACCUGUUUUAGUCUGUCUUAUCAGGUAAUGUACCAUUAUUUUGCUUUAGGAUAGAAUUAGGUUGAAGUAGUAUCAAUAGAUGUUAUGGUUGUAUUCAUGUAAUUUUACAUUGCUUUAUAAAGUGUAUUAUCCUUGAGCUUUUACAAUAAUUGUGUUUUUUAAUGUUUAGAUUUUUUUGUUGUCGCUUUAAACAUUAUGAAAGGAUCCUAGAUGUUCGUAAAAUCUACAGUACCAGUCAAAAAAAUGUGUCCAAACUGUACUGUAGAUUGCCAAAUGACAUUGUGUCCUUGGGCAAGGCACUUCACCCUACUUGCCUCGGGGAAUGUCCCUGGACUUUCUGAAAGUCGCUCUGGAUAAGAGCGUCUGCUAAAUGACUAAAUUAUGUAAUGUAAUAGCCACUGUAUGUAAAUGACUGUAUGUAGAUGCACCUUUUAAACCUUAUGAUCAUAAAGGUUUCAGGAAGCAUUUGUGCAGCCUAUUUCUGGUUGUGAUCAUUAAAAUCUGUAAGUUACAAUGAUUUCUGUAAUUGUUAGACUUGAAUUCAAACUUUACAAACAAGCUUACGCCUGUUUGAAAAUUGUUCCUUGAAAAAUUCAACAAAAUCCUAUUUUUAUUUGAUCCCCCUAUCCCUAGUGAAUAUUUGUAUUGUUAUUAAAGUAUUACAUGACCUGGACUAUAAUAAUGCACAUCCUGUUGCCAUUGUGGGUGCAGCUCUUCUGUGUUAGAAUAGGCUUAUCUUCCUGGAGGAAACCAAUCCCGAGACAAAACAGUUAAAAAGCCCAAAGUGAAUAAAAUGAAGAAGUAUCAUGUGGUAGUACUGCAGGUAAUCUUGAUGUUGGCUACAAAAGUCAGCCAGUAUCAGUCAUCUUUCAUGAUAUAAACAAAUUGGCCUGGCACAUCUACUGGUAUCAAACUGUUAUCAAACAAAUAAUCACACAUAUGCCAGCAGCAACCUUCACGAUGAGUUAAGGACAACCCUUAUUUUGAUGUAAAAAUCAUAACCCCAUAAAAUAAAAAUAAAACAUUCAUCCAACUAAUUCAGCGAUGUAAUUCUGUGGAUGAUAUGGACAAUCUGUGAAUAAUGCGAUUAAAGAUGAUAAUUUAAGACGAUAAAGUAUCGCUUCCAUUAUUCAAAGGUGAGAUUUGUAUUUUGAUGAUUUUGUAUCAGUUAC